AUGAGCAUCUCGCAGUUUCCGCCGCCUGCUUCUCCAUCUCCGGCGUCUUCAUUGCGAUCGCUGGCUUCUUCAUCUCCAUCUUCGGCGAGUGUAUCAUCAUCGAUGAGGCUAUGGAGACCAGCUUCUCAGCGGAAUCUUAGGAAUCAGUGGUCAAAACUGUCGACUUGUCGGCAACAGUGGAUCGCCGCUUGUUCCGGCGGAAGAUCUCACGCUACUUCGCUCGUCAAUUCGUAUUUAUCCCAAAUGUAUGUGCCGAUGAUGGAAUUUGGUGUGUUGAAUGAGAUGUUGGACAUCAAGAAGAAAGCCUUGAAGAAGCUGUUCAAGCAACAGAGUUCCAAUCGAAUCAAGCUUUUAUCGUCCUACAAGGAAAUGGUAGCUGUUGUUGGUGAGAUGGUGAAUGCAAGUAGAUCUCUUAGAUGUUAUAUGAAGCCGAGUAGCGGGUCACUUACACAGUUCUCUGGCUCUAAGGAAGAUGCAAAUGAUGCUGGAGACUGCGGUGGUGUCCCUGUGUUCAACUUUUGGAAUGUCUCUGCAUUUGAGAAGAUGGCUGAGGAACUUGUGGAGAUGUUCAAACGAGAAGUAAUGCUAAAGAGAUUGCUCAUAAUGGAACUGGUCUCUUUAAGCGCUGAAGUUCUUCAACCGGCCAAGCUCAGUUGGUCAGUGGAGCUUUACCAUGGGGAAUUUAAUGAUCUCACCAGAUGUUCUUUAUAUUCCAUGGAAGGAUCUGAGCCAAUUCUCCCCAGAGUGAAAGAAGAUAAUCUCGGUAUUACUUCUGUAUCACAUACUAACCAGCCAGCCACAGAAAUUUUGCAGAUUUACUUGACAACUUGGCAUGCAGAGGUGAACGUUGACACUCAUAGGGUGGAUGAGAUAUUAGCCUUGGUUGGUGAAGAAAUUAGAGUCGCCUUCUAA